AUGGAGAAAGAUCCGAUCAGUGAAGAAAACGGCAAAUCGAGCCGGAACAAGCAAACAAAAUUCAAGAGGAAAGAGCUGGGAUUGUCGUGCAUGCUAAACACCGAACUCGGCGCCGUCCUUGCCGUCAUCCGCCGUCCCCUCAACCCGACUUCCCACUGCUUCGCCGCCCCGGAAGACACCAUCGACCCUUCCCUUCUCCAAUCCCUAAAAUCCCUCCGCGCCCUGAUCUUCAAUCCCCAGCAGGAAUGGCGCACAAUAGACCCCUCCAUCUACCUCUCCCCCUUCCUGGAUGUCAUCCAAAGCGAGGACGUCCACGCCGCUGCCACUCGCGUCGCCCUCUCCGCCACGCUGAAGAUUAUCAAGCUCGGAGUCUUCGACGAGAAGACUCCGGGGGCGAAAGAAGCUAUUAACACCAUGGUCACAUCCAUCACCACGUGCCGGCUCGAAAGGACCGAUUCUGUCAACGAGGACGCCGUGAUGCUGAGCAUCCUUCAGGUCCUGACCGGAAUCAUGAACCACCGAGCUUCGGUUCUGCUCUCCGAUCAGUCAGUGUGCACAAUUGUGAACACCUGUUUUCAGGUGGUUCAGCAAUCGGCGAACAGAGGAGACUUGCUAAUGCGAAGUGCGAGGUAAAUGCACGAGCUGAUCCAGAUCAUUUUUUCGCGGUUGCCGGAAAUUGAUUUCAGGGAUGACGAGAGCUUGGCCAGUACUGACACCGAGGACGCCGAUGCAGACGAUGGGACUAUGGAUUCCGGAUAUGGGAUCCGGUGUGCGGUUGAUAUUUUUCACUUCUUGUGUUCUUUGUUGAAUGUGGUUCAGGUGGUUGAGACAGAUCAAGGGUCUACUGUGCAAACUGCCAACGAGGAUGUGCAGCUUUUCGCUCUCGUUCUGAUCAACUCCGCGAUCGAUUUGAGCGGGGAUGGAAUCGGGUCGCAUUCGAAGUUGUUGAGGAUGAUGAAAGACGAUCUCUUUCACCAUUUGGUUCACUACGGCACGCGUUCAAGCCCGCUUGUUUUUUCCAUGAUUUGCAGUACGGUUUUGAACAUGUAUCACUUUCUUCGGAGGUUCAUUCGUCUUCAGUUAGAAGCGUUCUUCACGUUUGUGCUGUUUCGAGUUUCAGCUCCCGGAGUGUCAAUCCAACUUCAAGAGGUUGCACUUGAAGGGAUUAUAAAUUUCUGCAGACAACUGACAUUCGUCGUAGAGGUCUAUGUGAACUACGACUGUGAUCCGCUUUGCCAUAAUGUGUUCGAGGAGAUAGGGAAGUUGCUUUGCAAGCUGUCCUUUCCGGUCGCAAGCCCUUUGACAACUUUACAGAUACAAGCCUUUGAAGGGUUAGUUAUCAUGAUCCACAACAUUGCAGACAGUAUUGAUAAAGAAAAUGAUACAAGCCCGUCUGGACCCUACCCGAUUGAGAUCAGAGAGUAUACGCCGUUUUGGGAAGACAAACCAAAAGAUGAUUCAGAAGCUUGGGUGCAAUUUGUAAGGCUGAGGAAAGCGCAGAAGAGGAAAAUAUUGAUUGCCGGACACCAUUUUAAUUGCGACGAAAAGAAGGGAAUGGAGUACUUGAAGCUUUCCAACUUAGUCUCUGACCCUCCGGAUCCAAAGACUUUGGCUUAUUUCUUUCGUUACACUCCUGGGCUUGACAAGACGAUGAUAGGCGAUUAUCUUGGUGAUCCUGAUGAGUUUCACAUCAAAGUACUUAAAGAAUUCACGGGAGCCUUUGGAUUUUCAGGCAUGAAUCUCGAUAGUGCUCUCCGAACUUAUCUGGAGACUUUCCGUUUGCCAGGAGAGUCCCAGAAGAUUCAGAGGAUUCUCGAAGCGUUUUCAGAGAGUUUUUUUGAGCAGCAGUCUGCAGAUGUUUUUGUGAACAAAGAUACUGUAUUCAUUCUUUGCUACUCUCUCAUUAUGCUCAAUACUGACCAGCACAAUCCGCAAGUAAAGAAGAAGAUGACGGAAGAAGAGUUCAUCAGGAAUAAUAGGGCAAUCAAUGGAGGGAAGGAUCUUCCUAGAGAGUAUCUGUCUGAGCUUUUCCAAUCCAUAUCGAACAAUGCAAUCACGCUUUUUGGUCAAUCUGGUAUGACAGUACUAAUGAACCCGAGCAGAUGGAUUGAGUUGAUGAACUGUUCCAAAACAGUGCAGCCUUUCAUUCUGUGUGAUUUUGAUCGUCGGCUAGGAAGAGACAUGUUUGCUUGCAUCGCUGGCCCUUCAGUCGCUACUAUUUCUGCAUUUUUCGAGCAAGCUGAAGAAGAGGAGUUGCUCCAUGAAUGCAUUGAAGGAUUAUUCUCGGUAGCCAGGAUAGCGCAGUAUGGACUGGAGGACACACUCGAUGAGCUCAUUGCCACCUUCUCGAGAUUCACCACGCUGCUUAAUCCUUACGCCUCUGCAGAAGAAACACUCUUUGCUUUUAGCAAAGAUUUGAAGCCAAGAAUGGCUACACUCGCUGUUUUCACCAUCGCAAACAACUUUGGAGAGUCAAUCAGAGGGGGUUGGAGGAACAUUGUGGACUGUUUGUUGAAACUCAAGAGGCUUAAACUCCUUCCCCAAAAUGUUCUCGAAUUUGAUGCUUCCACCUCAUCUGAUGCUCAACCUACAUCUGAAUCGGGUGUAAUCUUCCCUGGUCACGAUCCCAAAUUUGGAGGACGACAGGCUUCUGGCAUGAUUAGUCGAUUCUCACAUUUUCUAUCACUAGAGAGUCCGGAAGAUGCUGUAUCUCUUGGCAUGAGUGAAUUUGAACAGAACCUGAAGGUUAUCAAACAAUGCCGAAUUGGGAACAUCUUCAGCACUAGUUCAAACUUUCCUGAGGACUCUUUGCUGAACCUCGGGCGUUCGCUAAUAUAUGCAGCUGCAGGGAAAGGGCAGAAGUUUAGCACACCUGUUGAAGAAGAAGAGGCCGUUGAGUUCUGCUGGGAUUUGAUGGUUGCCAUCUCUUUGGCCAACGUCCAUAGAUUCCAAGCAUUUUGGUCUAGUUUUAAUGAUUAUCUGCUGGCGGUUGCUCAGUUUCCGAUGUUCUCCCCAAUCCCAUUUGCUGAAAAGGCCAUUGUAGGCCUCUUCAAGGUCUGUCUGAAGCUCCUUGGCACAUACCAACCUGACAGAGUCCCCGAGGAGCUCAUUUUCAAGUCGAUAAAUCUAAUGUGGAAGCUGGAAAAAGAAAUUCUCGACACUUGCAGCGAGUCCAUUACACAAUCAUUAAACAAGAUUCUCGUUGAGUACCCUGCCAAUUUGCAAACCCAACUCGGAUGGAAGUCAGUUCUCCACUUGUUAUCAGUCUCCGGGCGACACCCUGACACCUAUGAGCAGGGAGUUGAGACUCUGAUCAUGGUGAUGUCCGAUGGAACCCAUGUAUCGCGGACAAAUUAUGCUUACUUCAUUGACUGUGCCUUUGGUUUCAUUGCUCUAAAAAACAGCCCAUCAGAGAAGAACUUGAAGAUACUUGACCUAUUAGCGGAUUCUGUAAAUUUGUUGAUCCAAUGGUACAGAAAUCAUUACUCAGAUCCCGGGAACAAUUACAGCAUCGCGAGCAACACUAGUACCUCCUCCUUAGAAGACUCGAAAGGUUUCGGCUCUAACAACUUUACCAUGAAUUUGUUUGUCAAGCUAGGGGAGGCAUUCCGAAAGACCAGCCUAGCUCGGCGAGAAGAAAUAAGAAACCAUGCAGUCUUGUCUCUUAAAAGAAGUUUCCAACUUGCUGAGGAACUAGAAUUCACACCAACCAACUGUAUCAACUGUUUCAACCUCCUUAUCUUCGCGAUGGUGGAUGAUCUGCACGAAAAGAUGCUGGAGUACUCACGAAGAGAGAACGCAGAGAAGGAGAUGAGAGGCAUGGAAGGGACCUUGAAGAUUGCAUUGGAGCUCCUCACAGAUGUGUACUUGCAGUUUCUGAUACCAAUUUCGCAAUGCAGCGGCUUUCGGACAUUUUGGUUAGGAGUGUUGAGAAGGAUGGACACAUGUAUGAAGGCGGAUUUGGGAUCGUAUGGUGAAUCAAAACUGCCGGAAGUUGUGCCGGAGUUGCUGAGAAAGUUGAUUACGGAGAUGAAGGAGAAGGAGAUUUUAGUGCCGAAGGAGGGUGACGAUCUUUGGGAGAUAACACACAUUCAGAUACAGUGGAUAGCUCCUUCAAUCAAGGAGGAGCUAUUUCCAGAAGAAAGUUUGUAAAAAAUUGAAGAAAAUACUACCAUAAACUUCUUAAAAUUGAAGAUUAAUAUUCCGGCGAUGCUUUAGUCGUCGGAUCUCCGGUCUAGCCCGGUUUUGGA